AUGCUACCUCGACUGUGGGCACUGGUUGUCGCACUAGCCUCAUCUUUCCAGCUGUCCAGCUGUUUGCACAUUCCACCCAAUGCCAUCAAGCAGUCCCUUCGCUGUCACUACGACUACAUUGUCGUUGGUGGUGGUGCCUCAGGCUUGGUCGUAGCAAACCGACUCAGCGAAGAUCCAAAUGUAACGGUAUUAGUGCUCGAGGCUGGAACAUUAGACACUGGAGGGGCGAAGGUGACGAUCCCAGCGGAGAUAGGCGACACGCUCUGGACCGAUUACGACUGGAAGCUUCGGACCGUUCCACAAGAGUUCCUGAACAACAGGAAUGUCGCACUCAACCAAGGCAAAGUCGUCGGCGGAGGCACCAUUCUUAAUGGGAUGGUGUGGACCCGGGGCUCGGCCAGGGACUACGACGCCUGGGGAGAUCUCAACGACGUCGAGGGCCGGGAAAAUAAGUACAACUGGCGGUGGGAAGACCUUCUGCCCUACUUCCAAAAGAGCGAGAACUUCUCUGCGGAUGUCGAUGCCGCGGUCGAGUCAAAAUUCAACAUCCGGCCCAACGCGGACAUUCACGGAGACGAGGGGCCUUUGUCUGUUGCAUAUCCUCGUUUCUUCUACGAUCAGUCUGCAUACCUCGAUCCUGUGAUAGACCGUCCCAAUCUUCAUGUCGCGACGGAGCAGAUGGUCACACAGAUCCUCCUGGAGGAGAUAGACAACCCAGGCGCUGGUGACGGCGAAUCUGCGUUUGGUCGGCUACAGAAGGCAGUCGGAGUUGAGUUCUCGCACUCAAGAUCCAGUCCUAUUGCAAAUGUUACGUGCUCGAGGGAGGUUAUCAUGGCAGCUGGUGCCAUCUUUUCCCCCACGACUCUGCAAGUAUCUGGUAUAGGUCCUGCAGAUGUACUCAAGUCUCUGGACAUCCCAGUACGAGUCGACCUACCUGGAGUGGGCGCGAACUUGCAAGACCAUGGGAUGUUACAUCCUGUGUAUUCAUACACUAAUACCUCCUUGAUCACCGCCAAGUCCAUCGAGGCCAACAAUGAUUCCCGGGCUGCCGCCCUGAAUGAGUACGAAACAUACCGCACAGGGCCGUUGACCGCGCCGUUGAUCAGCACAAUCGCAUUCCCAGCCAUGCGCCACUUUGCAGACGACUGGGUCGAGCUCAUCGACGCCGCCGACCGGCGCGGCAUCGACCAGACACUGCCACCAGGCACCCCCGCCUCUGUCCGGGCAGGAUACCUAGCCCAGCGCAAAUAUCAGAUCCCCCUGCUGCGCAACCCGACCGAGGGCGCCGUCGAGAUCCUGGCCGACUCGGUCGGGACGCUGUCCGUGGCGAUGCAGCGGCCCCUGUCCCGCGGCACCGUCCGCCCGGCGUCGCGCGACAUCUUCGACGCCCCGCCUCUCGUCGACCCGCGCUACUGCUCCGAGCCGUUCGACUGCCUCGUCCUUGCGCGGGCGCUGCUGUUCAACUGCGCGCUGGUCCGCACCGCCGCCAUGGCGGAGCUGCAGCCCGUCGCGCAGGAGCCCUACUUCUGCCCGGACGACCUGUCCUUCUCCUCCGGCGGCGCCGCCAACAACAACAACAAGACCGCCGCCGAGCAGAGGAACGUCACGGACGCCAGGAUGCUGGAGCUGGCGAGGCGGUUCCUGGCCACCGAGUUCCACCCCUCGGGCUCCACGGCGAUGCUGCCCCUGGACCUGGGCGGGGUGGUCGACACCGGGCUGAGGGUGUACGGGACCGAGGGCUUGCGGGUCGUCGACGCCGGCGUGAUGCCGAUGGUGCUCGGGGCGCACCUCCAGGCUGCCGUCUACGCGAUAGCCGAGAGGGCUGCUGAUGUUAUUUCUGGACGGGGUGUGGAUGGUGAUGUGGAACUUGAUUGUGCUGGACCAUGUCGGCCCCAAAGGUGA